CGAGAGUAGAUGCCAUGCCCCCCGCUAUUUAAACACAAACUAAAGCCCAUCUCCCGCCGUUUCAUCGGCGACCUCACCUCACCGGACAUUUUAACUCUCUACCCAUUUUAACCUUUUUAUCUCUCUAAAAAUUACCCUUCACUCUUUUUCUCUCUCUCUCUUUACCCUGUUUGUUUCCACAUCCAGCAAAAAAAAAAAAAAAAAAUGUAGAGAGGAAACAAAUACCCUGUUUCUAUCGCUCAUCCCUCCGUUUUUAAAACAGACCAAUAUCGAAACCAAACAAAAAUACCCAACGAGAGACAGAAGACCCUAGAUUUCUGGGGGACCUAGGGGUUGGUCAUUUCCGUCAUUUCACGAUAUGCAUCGGCGAUAACGGAAGCCAUUAAUAUCGUCGGCAAAGAAGAAUAAGAGAUAGAGAGAAGAUGUACAGAGGGGAAAGAGCGGUUGGUGGGUCCAAGGGAGAGGUGGGGGCCGUGGAUCGAAAGCGGAUCAACGAGGCGCUUGAUAAGCAGCUCGAACGAUCCUCGCCCUCCACUUCCAGAGUGAUCAACGGCAAGGAUAAGUCUGCACGUUACCUCUUCCCCGGAAAGCAACCACCUGAUCAUCAUCGCGACUCUCGCUCCGUUUCUCUACCCAAACCCAACGCUGAAGAUGAAUCUGAAACAGACAGCGAAGAGUCAGAUGUUAGUGGUUCUGAUGGAGAUGACACGUCUUGGAUUUCAUGGUUUUGCAACCUACGUGGAAAUGAAUUCUUUUGUGAAGUUGAUGAUGACUACAUCCAAGAUGAUUUUAACCUUUGUGGGCUAAGCAGCCAAGUUCCUUAUUAUGAUUAUGCGCUUGAUUUGAUUUUGGACGUUGAAUCUUCCCAUGGAGAUAUGUUUACAGAGGAGCAAAAUGAAUUAGUUGAAUCUGCAGCGGAGAUGCUUUACGGUCUGAUUCAUGCCAGAUACAUAUUGACAAGCAAAGGAAUGGCUGCUAUGCUAGAUAAGUACAAGAACUAUGAUUUUGGAAGAUGCCCCAGAGUUUAUUGCUGUGGACAACCUUGUCUUCCAGCUGGUCAAUCAGAUACCCCUCGGUCAAGCACCGUAAAAAUAUACUGCCCUAGAUGUGAAGAUAUCUACUACCCCCGGUCCAAGUAUCAAGGCAACAUUGACGGAGCCUAUUUUGGGACCACAUUUCCACACCUGUUCCUGAUGACAUACGGGCACCUGAAGCCACAGAAGGCAUCUCAAAGCUACGUUCCAAGAGUAUUUGGGUUCAAGAUCCAUAAGCCGUAGUUGUUGCAAGUUUUAUCGCCAAGCUUCUAUUAUGGAAGUAAUGCUUUUGAAAGAUCAGGUAUAGUUUGACAGUCCUCUUUUAAGUAAUCAUGUUUCUAGAGCCUUUCUUUUAUAUGUUGAAAAAGAAUUACCAUAAAAACAUAUUUGCAAACCAGCAAGUGUUCAUUUUCAACGUAGCAGCCUUUUCCUGGGGGUCGCCUUUCAUCCAAAAUUCAUUCUUGGUAGAGUAUCUAUUAAAUUUCCCUUUUAGAUAUACCCUCCAUUGUACUGUACUUGAUGUCGAUGAUGAUGAUGAUGAUUUUUUAAUCGCUGUUUGCUCUUGUGUAUUACCAUCUACUCAGUGUUCAUUAUAAUCUGAUAUUGGUUAUCUGUAUCAAUUUGGUGGCCUUACAUUGGCAGCACAUUACAUGAGUUUGUGGCUUAUACGAUAUGUUAAACUUGUUAUGACUAUCCACUAAUAUCUGGUGUUUUACGUAGUUAAUGAAGGGGAAGGAAUGUAAUCGUGGAUUAAGCCUUUUGGUUAUGGUGAUGUUCCUAACUCUUCUCUGUUUCUUUCCGAGUUCGUUAUAGAAGUAAAAGAUUAAGAGACAUAUUAUUCAAGUUGAGGUGAAGGCUAUUUGAACAUGAAAUUGAGCUUUUGACAAAACAAUAAUAAUUUCUAUUUUUUAGAUUGUUAAA